CGCGCGCCAAAUCCGUGCCGUUGCCGGAAACUGCCUGAGCGCGCGGGUGGCGGGUGGGCGGUAAGCGGCGACUCGGAAGGGCCCCGGAGUGUAGUUGGACGAUGUUGUAAAACUUAAAACAUUCGCCCUGACAGAGGCGUAGCUGGGAGCCAGUGGCCUGCCUUCUCUGAGACGGAGGGUACUGGAGUGCGCGCGAAGACUUGUCUGCUUCUGCUACUUUUUACCCCCCUAGACUAGCCGAAAGCCGGGCUGAGGCUCUCCACGUAGCUCCUGCUCUUUCCCUCUCCCGCUUUAUCUGUGGUAGUUCUACUGGGCAGCUGGACAUUAUUUGGGAAGAAGGAAACGGAGACUGGUCAGGGAAGGCCUUGGAACUCUAGUAAAAUUCAGAAGGAAGAGGGUCGUUAAGAAUCGUAGUGUUCUGCUACACAGUAAGGUUGGGGGCUAAUUUACCUUAGUGCUUAGGAAUUGUUUCAGUUUCUUUCCCCUGAAAGAGCUGGCAUAUGAGUUGGGUUAAAAGAAUGUAUAAAUAGGUUUGAGGUCAGGCUUCAGAGGAAGUAACGUAACUUAAAAAGCAGCUGUAGGAUUAGUAGGAGCGAAGAAAACCAGCCCCAAAGUGACUCGCAGCAGCUAAUGAGAAGCAGUAUGUUCUGAUAUGAGGGGUAUUUUUGUUUUCAGGUAGCAUUCUCUAAUUUGGCUUUUCAGAUGGCGCAGGCAUUUCGAGAACUCUCUCUGUUUUAUUGGAUUAGAGAACAUAGCUGAAUGUAGAUGUUUGUGCCAAAAGGAAAGUGUGGACAUAAAUAAGUUUGGGUAUAUCUAAAUGAGGGACGCAGGUGGCGCUGUGGGUUAAACCAUAGAGCCCAGGGCUUGCCGAUCAGAAGGUCGGCGGUUCGAAUCCCUGCGACGGGGUGAGCUCCCGUUGCUCGUUCCCAGCUCCUACCAACCUAGCAGUUUGAAAGCACGUCUGUAUGCUGCUCUGGUUUGCCAGAAGCGGCUUUGCCAUGCUGGCCACAUCACCUGGAAGCUGUACGCCAGCUCCCUCGGCCAAUAACACGAGAUGAGCGCCACAACCCCAGAGUCAGGGGUCCCUUUAUCUUUACUGGAUAUCUAAAUGGGGCUGUUCCACUCUGCCUGCCCUGAGAAGCCCCUUGUGGCUAAAUGAUGGAUUGUAGCAGAUGAACAUACGGUAAUUGCACAAAGAUCCUCUCCUUAUCUCUAUUUUGAAUUAUCUCCAGUAUCUCCUUAUAAGAUGAGUAACUGCUCUUCCUCAAGACUAGAAGAUAGAGUUCAGCGAACUCUGAAAAAAGUGUUUGGAUUUGACACUUUCAAGACCUCAUUGCAGGAAAGUGCAACCAGAACUGUUGUGAAAGGGGAGAAGGAUGUCUUUGUAUGCAUGCCCACUGGCGCAGGGAAAUCCCUGUGCUACCAGCUUCCCGCAGUCCUGGCAACAGGAAUCACUAUUGUCAUUUCACCUUUAAUUUCACUGAUUCAGGACCAAGUGGACCAUUUGCUCUUGCUUAGAGUGAAAGCCUGCUCUCUUAACUCCAAGAUUUCUGCUCAGGAGAAAAAGGCCAUCUUAGCUGACUUGAUGUGUGACAAGCCUCAGAUAAAGCUCCUCUACAUCACACCAGAGAUGGCAGCUUCUUCUUCCUUUCAGCCCACCCUGAAGGUUCUAGUGUCUCGAAACCUUCUCUCCUACCUAAUAGUUGAUGAGGCUCACUGUGUUUCUCAGUGGGGGCAUGACUUCCGACCAGACUACUUGAGACUUGGCUCUUUGCGCGGUCAAAUCCCCAACACUCCAUGCAUAGCCCUGACUGCCACAGCCACUAAACAGGUCCAAGAUGAUAUUGUAGCAUCGCUUAAGCUAAAGAGGCCUGUCGCCACCUUCAAAACACCUUGCUUCAGGUCCAACCUGUUCUAUGAUGUGCAGUAUAAAGAUGUCUUAACGAAUCCAUAUGAAAAUCUGAAGGAUUUCUGUCUGAAGUGUCUUGGGCAGAGGAAUGACUCCGGGCGCUACUCAGGCUGCGGAAUUGUCUACUGCAGGAAGAGAGAAGUAUGUGAACAAGUGGCUAUUGAACUUAGCUACAGAGGAGUCAACUCCAAGGCAUAUCAUGCAGGACUGAAAGUAGCAGAGAGAACAUCGGUUCAGAAUGAGUGGAUGGAGGAGAAGGUUCCAGUUAUUGUUGCUACUAUCAGUUUUGGAAUGGGAGUUGACAAAGCUAAUGUCAGAUUUGUUGCACAUUGGAAUCUUGCACAAUCUAUAGCUGGGUAUUACCAGGAGUCCGGAAGGGCUGGGAGAGAUGGAAAGCCAUCCAGCUGUCGCCUCUAUUACUCACGGGAAGACAGGGAUCAAAUCAGCUUCCUAAUCAAGAAGGAACUUGCUACGUUGCAGGAAAAGCAAGGCUCCAGUCGGAAAGAAUCCAGUAAAGCUAUGCUGAAAGACUUUGAUGCUAUGGUGGCCUUCUCUGAAGAACUGGGUUGUCGUCAUGCCGCUAUAGCCAACUAUUUUGGAGAUGCCGUCCCCCAGUGCAACAAGUGCUGUGAUUACUGUAAGAAUCCAGCAGCAGUGAAAAAGCACGUAGAGGCACUUGAACACACCGGCAGCGGCUGGAAUAGAACCUGCAUUGGACCCUCUGCUUCCUCUUGGAAUGCCUUCGACCCAGACCUGUAUGAAGGAGGCAGAAGAGGCAUGGGUGGCUUCAGCAGAUAUGAUGAAGACGGUGGGAGUGUGGCUGAAACGAAUGAGGACCAUCAGAAAAGGGAAUGGAACAACUUCUAUAAGAGGCAGAUGAGUCUGCGCAAGGGCCAGGAACCUGAAAAAGACAACUUUGUCCCUCCAGAUGCUGAUUGUCCCUUGAAGGAUGCAGCCAGCAGAAAAAUAGCUAAAAUCACAGUGAAGGCUAGAGAACACUGUCUAAACAUGCUGAAAGAAGCACUGAGCAACAACCAGGAAGCAGCACUAACAAGAGAUGGCUCAGAUGUUCUAAUACAUGCCGUGGAAAUGGAGUAUGAAGCUUUCCAGGCCAGUAAAAUGGCAAACCUGUACAAGGCGACUGUUUUAAAGAAGGUCACCGAAAUUAACAAAGCUUCCAAAGAUGGGGAGCUGUAUUCCACCCUCGGAGUCAAUGGCAGUUCCAAGUUGAAGACUGAACCAGUGGCAACAGCUGAUGAUGGCUUCAUCCCCGCAUCCAAGGUCAAUACGUUCAAACCCAAGAGGGUGGGGAUUGGAUUUCGGAAAUCAUCUGAUGUAUUCCAGUCAGCUUCAGAAGUUCUGGGUGCCAAGGGAGAUGAUGGAGUUAAGCCUCUGAAGGAGGACAUUAGCCAGGAGAGAAGCCACCACUGUGACCCUAAGCAUAUGGACAUUAAUGGCACACUUGAGAGAGAGGCGGAAGUGGCUGAAGAAGUUUGCCAAAAUGUCAUGGAGGUUCCUCAGAAGAAGGGGCAGCAAAGCACCUCUGAUGCUAUAGCCUGCUUGGGAGUUAGUCCCACCAAGAAGGGCAAACCCAGUAAGAAACAGCUGCUACUGGCAGAAGCAGCUAAGAAAGACUCUCAGAAGAUAGCAAAAUUCUUCUCCAUCCCCAAAGCAGGGUCCUUGGCAUCAGAGCUUGAUUUGGCAGAAGAGAACAACUGCUACCAUGAUGAACUACCUCAGUUUCCUUCCCAAAGAAUGUGUGACGAGAAAGCAGAAUUUCAGGAAACUGAAAUGGUCUCCAAAGAAGAAACAGCUAGCUCAUCUCAUGUGGAAGAGGAAGAAUCAGAAAAAGCAGCAGAAGGUCUGACUGUUAGAAUUCCUAGCUCAGGAACAGAAUCCUCAUGUUCAGGAUCAACCUUUGGAAAACCGAGAGUUAAGCUUUUCGUUGAAGAUGGAAUGACAAACAGUUGCGGAAACCAUAAUGGAAAGAGACCAGCGUCAGCUGAGGAUCUGGGGAGCCCUUCUGGAAAGAGGCUACGGAUGAUGACUAAGUCUUCCAUCACAUUGCAGUCAGAGGGGAAAGCUGAUGGGCUGAUGAAAAAGAAAGUCACGUUUGAUCCCAAUCUGUCGCAGGUUGAUAAAGAAGGAACUACCAGAAUCAUCCAGCCAACGACAAAGGCAUUGUCACUUAAGGAAACGGCAGACAUUGUUGUAAAAUACUUGACCCCUUUCUACAAAGGUGGCAAAUUUGCUUCCAAGGAUUUGUUUAAAGGGUUUGCCCGGCACCUCUCUCACUUACUGGCUGCAGACAAGAGUCCUCUCCGUAAGACAGUAAAAGAAGAAGCACAGAGACUGAUCAAGGAAUUUUUCAAAACCCGUGACAAGUGUGAAAAUGAGACAGACUGGCAGGAGCUAACCAGCUUGGAAACAUGACACCUGAAAGGCACUGGUUUUGUCUGCUUCCUGUGGGUGCUGGACCCCAAGCACUGAAAGGAAUCAUCGUAGCUAUGGGAGGGGGGUGGUGGACCCAGUUAAGCACCGCCCAGGGGAAAAGGCCUUUGAGAGUGUUAUCCUAGCUAGGAAAAGUCUGUUGUGCAGAUGAAGUCACCAAUUUUAAGUUACAAUGCUGCCCUGUGAUACAGUCAACUUUGCUUGUUUUAGACAUACCAUGAGACUGUAAUUGAUUCUUUCUCUGACUAGGAAUCUUGCUGCUACCCAAGAUUUCCCCCCUCAACCCCCAGUCCAUUACUAUGUUUUUUUAAUUAGCAGCAGCAGCCUCACUCAGAGUUGUCAUGGAAUACAUUUGCUUUAAGGAAGGCUUUCUCGUUUUGAUAACAGUGGAAGGGAGUCUAGCAGAGCUGCUUUGCCCAGGUCCCUUUUGAUUUGUGUUGUUUGUGCUGAAAAGUGUCUCCUUGCACUAGAGUAAUUAUUUUUUAAACUGUGCAUAUUGCAAUAAGAAUGAGAAAUGAUCUCUGACAGACUCUUCAGUGUAGACUUGAGUAAAGUAAAUUUAGGUUGCAUGAAAUCCAUGUACAGUAUAAUAAAACCCAGAAAGCUACCUCUUUAAACAGAGAGAAGCUGCUAUGGGAAGUGGGUGAUUUUGUAACACCAGCAGGGCAGGGGAGGUUAUUGGUGGCAGUUCCUGCCAGCUGUGUUAUCCCAAAUGACUCCACUCGCACAUGAAGUUGCAAAAUACAUGUUUGCCAACUUCUAUGCUCCCCAUAGUUGUGUUACAUACAAAUGCAUGUAUUUUCAGGAGAGAACAGCCUUCUUCAAGGCUUGAGGGCAUGUCCUUGCUUAACGUAAGUUGAAAUGUGCAGUUUCUCUAAUUUGUAAAUGUGUACAGCUUUAGGAGGGAGAGUUUUAUAUUUUGUGAAACCUCAGGAAUAGAUAGAGGCCAUGGGGCAACCCUUCCAUCCCUGCCAAAUUCUAUUUGGUGGCUACCAGUGUUUAUAUUCUGUUUUUUGUUUGCAGUAAACAGUUGUAUCCAGGAGCACCUCCUUCUGAUGGAAAGGCCUAAUACAUAUUUCAGGAAAGUUGUUGCCAUUGCAAUGUAUAAUUGCAUUUUUCUUUGUGCAUAUGGAGUAAGUCUAAAGAAAUCAGAGACCUUUGCAAAUAGGUUAUUACUGACAUAUGAUUCCAGGUAGGUUCAUGUUAGGGCUGCUUCACAAGCUCUGUGAUGACAGGCGCGUUUGAUGCACGGUAAGGAGCCCUGGACAUUUGCACCUGCAGAAAACAUGAGUGUGUUGCAUGUGCAGAACUAUGUUUUUCGGGUGUAUAUGCAAAAUACUUUACAGGUUAUAAUAUGAGAUGUAGCCAUUUGUAUUAGCCACUUUGUAUUGUCCAUCAGGAUGUUAAGAGAACCAGCCUUCCAAAUAUCACAGUUGACUGGGCAGAGGUGAGUCUGCUGUGCAGAGUCCUUGGUAUGAGGGCUGUGCAAGUAUUCACUUAAAGCCAUAUUGCUGCAUUGUGCCUGUAAUGUCAUCUUACCAGACUACUGUGACAAAAUUGCCCAGGGGUUUUAGUAGGAAGAUGCUGCUUUAUUUAUGUAUUGUUCAAGUUCGGCAUAGACUGUAGAUUCCCUGCUGGGAUUAUGUUCAUCUGUGCCUUAGACUCGGGCCAUAGAGAAGCAUUAACCUUUUCCUUUAGUGGGAACUCCUAGACAAAGGUGGGCCUGGCAGAGGGACCCCCCUUCUUAAUAACUUGCACUUGGGAGCUAGGGGUUUGUUACUUUAAAAGGUUCGUGGUGCGCUGCUAAUAAAAUGAAUGUUAAAGAGCUUAUACAGCUUAAUCUCAUUAUUUUUACCACUGGAAAUCACACACAGGGGCCAGGACAGUAGCUCAUAUACAAAGGAUCGAUCUUCCUACCCACCUUGGGAGAGGAAGCAGCAGCCAAGAUACAUCACCCAGUCCCAUACUGCUCUGGCUCUCGCAAGAAAGAGUGGUAGGGGGGUUGAUCAGCUGAGAAGCAAGCUUCCUGCCCCCCUCCCACAGCUCAUCAAGCGCCUCCCCCUCCAGUUCGCAUAAGCCAGGCUCCUUCAAAGGCACCUGCCUGCCUUUGUCUGCUUGGGCAAAGGCGAGCAGCAGCCAAGUGCAUGGAGCCUGAGAAGCAUGUUCUCAGGCUCUGUGCGUCUGCCUUUGCAUUCUGACAGCAGCUCAGGAGCUGCGAUAUGAACACCAUACCAGUUUCAGACAAUGAAUCGCAGUAGCACCUAACUCUAGCUGUCAAAACCAUUACAAAAUCUAUCACACCAUAAGCAUCAGCCAACAGUUUGCCACCCCUCAAGGGCGACAUUAGUGUCUCUUGGUAGGGCAUUCUGCACCUGUUGUCUGUAGGGAGGGACAUAUUCCAGUUUUCAGAUCCACACAUGAAUGAUAUCUACAAUAACUGCCCCUUUGUCAGCAUUUUUGAAUGCUCUGUAUCAGGGCAGGGAUGCAGACUUAAUCUCAAAGGAAUAUUUGUACUGAGGCUGCUCAGAGCACAUAUAUGAACCACAAUUAAACAAGCAUCAAGGAGAGUCACAACAGCCAUUGAGGACAGUAAAGGCAGAAUGUCAGUGCUUUAAUAAUACCUGAACAUCUAGAUAGUGUGUGUCAGCGCCAGUAACAGUGAAAGUCAGCAAUGCUUUGGUAAACCUGGAUCUGCUUUUAGCAAAAACAAACUGUAAAUACCUGUGUCCUUCCUUGAACUUCAUUACAUGUAAUAAGAAGCAUGUCUAGAUCUGUUAAGCCAGUUUUGCUCUCUGGAACUGAAAGGGUAAACAUGCUUUUUUUUUUUAAAAAAAAGCACCUAAAUAAAGAUUAGAGGGAAAAUCUG